UUCCUCUAAAAUUACGCCUAAAUAAAAAAAUAUUUUGUGACGCCUGUGCUAUCAAUAAUUUGAUUGACCUUCGUAUUGUUUUAUUGAAACUCGUUAGUAGGUAUUACUAUUAUAGUAAGCAUCAUCCAAUGCAAUUAUUAUUACUAUAGUGUGAAUACAAACAUUUCCAUAAAAUAUCUCGUUAGUUUGUUUUAUCUUAUCUCAAAAUUUUAUAAUGGCAUUAAGUGCAUUAGAAGUCAGCUGCUAGUAAUAUAAAGUGAUUAGACGGCUGAUGUAUUGUUAUUUAUUUAAUUAAGAUUGUUCUCACGAGAUCAACAUGUUGUCAUUAAUACUAUUUGGGGUAGCCUUGGCCCUCUUUUAUUAUGUUGCUAUAAAACCUUUGAGCUACUGGAAGGAAAGAGGAGUAAUUUUCCAGGAGGGAGCUCUAUGGUUGCUCGGAAAUCAAUGGAAGUUCUUUUUAAAUCGUCAAGAUAUGUUUGAAGUAUUUGAAGAUGCUUACAAUGUUGCACCAAAUGCUAGAUAUGUAGGUUUCUAUCAAUUUACGGUACCUUCUUUGAUGAUAAGAGACCCACAACUGUUAAAACAGAUAACUGUUAAGGAUUUUGACCAUUUCGUCAAUCAUCGAACGUUUAUACCACAAGGUGCUGACCCACUUUGGUCAAAGAAUCUACUUUCAUUAAGAGAUCAAAGAUGGAGAGAUAUGAGAUCAGUACUAAGCCCAUCAUUCACCAGCAGCAAAAUGAAGAUGAUGUUUCAUCUCAUGGCGGGCUGCUCUGAGAAUAUGGUAAAACAUUUCUUGACUAAAAACCAAGAAAUCAUCGAUGUGACGUUUAAAGAUGUUGCAACGCGUUUUGCUAACGACAUUAUAGCUUCCACUGCUUUUGGAAUAAGUACGAAUUCUUUUCAGAAGCCUAAAAAUGAAUUUUACUUAAUGGGAAAAGAAAUUACGAGUUUUUCCAGUUUCUGGAAGAAUUUAAAGAUCAUGGGUUUUAUAACAAUUCCCAAAAUUUUUAAGCUUCUAAAGAUCAAUCUCUUUGAUGGGCCCUCAAGGGAGUUCUUCAUUCGUCUCAUUGAAGACACUUUAAAAAUGAGGGAAGAAAAAAACAUUGUCAGGCCUGAUAUGUUGAAUCUUCUAAUUGAAGCAAAGAAGGGUAUACAGCAUAAAGAUGAGCAAAAUGGAGUCGAUGAUGGGUUUUACACAGUUCAAGAACAUCUACCAGGAAAACACAUGCAAGAUUCUAAGGAAAUCACAAACGAAGAUAUUACCGCUCACGCCUUGAUAUUCUUCUUUGGUGGUUUUGACUCAGUUUCCAGUACUAUGUGCUUCGCAGCACACGAAUUAGCAACCCAUCCAGAUAUUCAAUCCAGAUUGAGAGAAGAAAUUGACCGAGGAUUUGAAGAAGGUAAAGGAAAAAUGACAUACGAAGUGUUGAUGAAAAUGAAGUACUUGGAUAUGGUUAUUUCAGAAUGUUUAAGAAAGUGGCCAAAUUUUCCUGGUAUUGACAGAGAAUGUAGCAAGGAAUAUGUAAUACAACCAGAAAGUCCGGAUGAAAAGCCAUUAAUCGUGGAAAAAGGAUCUAUUCUCGUUCUACCCAUUAUGUCGAUUCACCACGAUGCCAAAUACUUUCCAGAUCCAGAACGAUUCGAUCCAGAAAGAUUCAGCGACGAGAACAAGGAAAAAAUCGGGGAGUAUACGUAUUUUCCUUUCGGAUUGGGUCCCAGGAACUGUAUAGGAUCCAGAUUUGCGUUGCUUGAAAUGAAGGCAUUGUUUUCACAUCUCCUGCAUCACUUUGAGAUAGUACCGAUUGCAGAUACACUUAUUCCUCCGCAGUUAAUGAAGAGAAAUUUUAAUUUAAUGCCUGUUAAUGGAAUGAGAUUGGGAUUGAAAAGACUAUAACAAGAUUUAUCAAUAUGUUACUAAAACUGUUUUUAUUUGAUUAUAAUUUUAAUGUAUAAACAA